AGUUCUCACUUCCCAGAGAAGCUCAUCACUACAAACUAAUGAAUUUUAUCGUAAAUACUAAAAUAGCACUUCAUAACAAAUCUAAUUUUAUCAACAGUUAUUGUAAUCAAUAACCAAGAAAAAUCAAACAGCCAAUUACACUACUCCAUAUAUGCUUCACCAAAGAUAAAAAGUCAAACAAAGAGAAAAUUCAAAUUCAAAAUCAAAUUGAUAAAUACAAUAGGUAAGUCAGGUACUAUAUCCACCAUAAAUUUCAAGGUCUUUACAAAGACUUUUUAUGCUUUUCUCUCACCAUCUCAUCAAUCAUAUUUCUUUCUCCAUCCCUAAUCUGUACAGUAACUUUUUACUCUCUCAAGUAUGCUUUUCUAGUUUUCAUAUUCCCAGAAGUUGGCAGUUCACUAGUGCUUUGCACAAAUUCUUCAGCAAUCUGUUAAAAUGCUGACUUCAAUAUGUCCCCCCUUAAAAACUAGGCAAGUGCGAAAAUUCUUAGGUUAUACCUUCAAAUUUCCAAGAACGUUCAAAUAACAUCCUUACAAGAUAGAAUGGAUUCACAUUUAGUCAGAAUAUUUUUGUACCCACAAUCUUCAAAGCAGAUACCGAAAAUUCAAUAACUUCUUUGACCAGCAAAGAAAAUCAUGCCUUCUCUUGUCUAUAAAACAAACCUUUUUGCUUACUUCUUUUUUCUAAACAAACAAGAACCUAUAAGUAAAAGCUGCAUCAUAAUAACACUAUGUUCAUGUGUUAUUUGUCAUGCAUUUACAUUCUUUUCUUAGUUCCAGUAUGUUCUCAUGCCAUUAAACUAAACAAUUUUGUGUCCUCUUCGCGGCCAUCAUGUGCUGAUCAUGAAAGAUUGGCAUUGCAGCAGUUCAGGCAGAGUUUCCUUAUAAACUGCGCUGUUUCUGAUUCUGCAUCUGCAUAUCCAAAGGUGAAAUCAUGGUCAGGUGAGCUAACAAGGGAUUGUUGUAUGUGGGAUGGUGUUGAGUGCGAGGAGGAGACAGGUCAUGUGACAGGGCUCGACCUCAGUAGCAGCUGUCUUUAUGGAAAUUUUCCUCCUAACAGCACCCUUUUCAGCCUCAUUCAUCUUAAAAAGCUUAAUCUUGCCUUUAAUGAUUUUAACUACUCUCUCAUUCCCUCUAAACUCGGCCAAAUCAACAAGAUACAAAAUCUUAAUCUCUCCUAUUCAUCAUUUAGCGGCCAAAUCCCAUCUGAAAUCUCAAAAUUAUCACAGCUUUAUACCCUUGAUCUUUCCAACAAUGGUGAUUCUUUAGCUAACAGCCAACUUAACUUGAAACUUCAGGGUCGGGGUCUUGAGAAGUUACUCAGAAACCUAACUCGUAUUCAGAAACUCUAUCUUGAUAUGGUUGUCUUAUCUACUAAAGUUCCAAUCAUCCUCACAAAUCUAACCUCUCUAAAAGCUAUUUCCCUCCAAUACUGUAACUUGUAUGGAGAACUGCCAACAAGUGUUUUCAAAUUGCCACAACUUGAAUUCCUUUACCUGAGUGGCAAUAGAGUUUUAGCAGGAUUUUUGCCUCAGUUUCAAUCUACUAACCCUCUUAAAGAGCUGUAUCUAUUUGGCACAGCUUUUUCAGGAGAAGUGCCACCUUCAAUUGGAAAUCUUGCUCAUUUGGAACAACUCGACCUAUGUGGUUGUUAUUUCUCAGGAUCACUUCCAUCUUCUCUGGCUAACAUGACAACACUUACCGUUUUACUCUUAAGUCGCAAUAACUUCAAAGGUGAAGUCCCCUUCUCUAUCACUAAUCUUACCAGCCUCGAAGCUUUAGAUUUCUCGAAUCUAGAAUUCAGGCCACAAGACUUGUUUUCGCAGUUGUCCAAGCUACACAAUCUCAGUUAUUUACGCCUUGCUGAAAUGAAACUAGCUACUGAGAUACCUCCUUUUAUUGCAAACUUUACAAAACUUAAUUAUCUAGAUCUCGCUUCAUCUCAGCUAAUAGGUCCAUUUCCACAAUGGUUUGCAAACCUAACCAAGCUAAGGCAACUGUAUCUGGAGAACAAUCAAUUAGAUGGUCCAAUACCACAAUGGUUUUCUCAGUUUACCAACCUUCAAUCAAUAGACUUGUCUUACAACAACUUGUUUGGCAAAUUCGAAAUUUUUUUUCAUCUAAAGAAUCUUCGUAAUCUAGCUUUAUCUCAACUCAACCUAACAUUUCCUAGUUCUACUACCAAUUCAUCUCUUCCAAAGCUCAAGCUCUUGGAACUAGAAUUUUGCAACUUGACCGAUUUUCCGCAAUUCCUUCAGUAUCAAAAUGAGCUGCAAUCACUAUCACUCAAAGGAAACAAAAUCAAGGGUAAUUUACCACAAUGGUUGGUGAAUACAACUAAAGAGAAUCUCCUUAAAAUUGAUCUUUCCCAGAAUAAUUUGACAGGCUUUGAAAAGCCUGCAGCAGAGCUUCCGUGGACCCAUUUGGAGGACUUUUGCUUCAGGGGUAAUAAGUUACAAGGACUAGUUCCUUCUCCACCAGGUUCUAUGAAGUUUUACGAUAUCUCAGAUAAUCUGUUGACUGGAGUUAUUCCCAGGCAAAUUUGCAAUGCAAAGUCUCUAAUUUCCCUUGAUUUGUCUGGCAACAACAUGACCGGACAGAUACCAGAUUGCGUGGGUCAGCUUGGUGAAUCUCUACAGCUUCUGAACCUGCGAGGUAACAAUCUCCGUGGCACGAGUUCCAUAAAAUUCUCAAAAUACUGCAAACUGAAGAUGAUCAACUUGAGUCAAAAUCAAUUGGGAGGUGAGCUUCCAAGGUCACUUGCAAAUUGUAAAAUGCUUGAGGUACUUGAUGUUGGAAGAAAUCAAAUUAAUGAUUCUUUUCCAUCAUGGUUAGGAAGUCUCCCAAAGUUGCAAGUCCUUGUCCUGAGCCAUAAUAAAUUUUUUGGAGGCAUAAUGCAUCCAAAACCUUACCUCGGUUUCCGCUUCUUGCGCAUUAUUGACCUAUCCCACAAUCUUCAUACAGGUCAUUUACCAUCAAGGUACUUUCAAAAUUGGCAUGCAAUGAGAGAUUCUAAAGAAGAACAAUCAGGUUCAUACAAUACUCUGAUUACUUUCUACUUUAAGGUGGGAACAGAUUUAGUAAUUUCUGAACAGAAUUUUGAGUACUCGAUCACCAUAACAAACAAAGGCAACGAAAUUCUUUACCCAAAGGUUCUUAAAGUCUUUAGGGUCAUUGAUUUAUCAAGUAAUAGCUUCACGGGCAGGAUACCAGAUGUCGUUGGGGAUCUCAAGGGGCUUCAAGCACUCAACUUGUCCAACAAUAAUCUUGAAGCACUAUCACAAUUGACAUCACUAGAGGUGUUCAACAUUUCCAAUAAUGAUCAUCUCAUGGGCCCAGUACCACAAGGAAACCAAUUCAAUACCUUUGAUGAUACCUCAUUCCAAGGAAACCCCGGGUUGUGUGGAAGUUUAUUAUCCAAGAAGUGUGUAAAUGAAGAUGUGCCACCGCCAACAGUGAAUAUUGAUGAGAGCAAUGACGAUUCUGAGUUAAUUGAUUGGGUCGUCAGAUCACUGGGUUGUAUUAGUGGGACCAUAGUUGGCUUUGUAAUUGGGAAAAUCUACAUCACUGACAAGUACCAUGAAUGGUUUAUGGACACCUUCGGAAGGAGGAGGCCAACUAGGAGAGUUAGGAGAGCAUAAAGACAUAGACGAGAGAGUUCAGCUCUACAUGUUAUAUACUAGUAAUAAAGGAUAUGGUUUGUGAUGGAAUAUUGAAGUUCUUAUGUAUGUCUACUUCCUAUUGUCUUAAUAUCACUAGCUUGUACAUAGUUUGCUACAUCAAUGAUAAUAUGGUACUUCAUGAGAAAAUUGCUGCUCACAAGGGUUUUCCUUUUUUGUAGUAAAUAGGAAAAAAAAAAAUUAAAAAUUUAAAAAACACCUAGCCAGAAUAAGCACUUUGCCUACUUUAUCUGAAUUUAUCUAGCUCUGCAUUACCCUUUCCCUUGAGAGGUUAAGUGAAGUUAUGCCACCGUCCAUUUUAUGUGUGGCUCUGCAUAUUUUGAGUCAUGGUAAAACACUAAUCCUAAAUCCUAACCAAAAGUCCAAAACCUUUGACAGCUGAAAAAUAGGAGUAAUAUGGGCAAUAUAACAUUAUAACCACAAGGAGAUAACAAUCUUCCUUGCAUAGUAGAGGAUCCAAGGUUAUUCCUCCACU